CAGACACUUUUUAGGACUUUGUUUGGUUCCAAAGGCUGGAAAUGUUCACCUUUGCAGUUCAUCACAACUCGGUCUUUCUCGCUCUGUAAUACAUUAAGAUGUAAAACAAAUUUGGAUGAAUAUGCCACAGUGUUUUAUAAUUGGAUCUUCUGUAAUUCAUACUGGAGAUUUUGGAAGUCAACAAUUGGAGCUGCUUGAACUUUGCUCAUGGCGUGCUAUCAUCAGAUAGAGGUUUCCACGUAGUCCUACAAUAUCAGCUGCCGGGUGGAAACCUUGCUUAAGGAGCCACAGGUGCUUGACCCUUUGAAAGGAUGGCAGGAAGAAGGCGCAACAGAGGCGGUAACAACCAGCAACAGACCCCGCGGGGACCAAGACGACCAUCAGGCAGGGCUCUACGGGAACCAGCUGCUUUUGCCAAACCGUCUGGUUAUGAAUCAGAGGUCCCCCAUGAAAAGUUGACCAUAGCCCAAGCGAAGAGAGGCACACCAGCUCAUAGACCAGUGCGGGUGUACGCUGAUGGCAUAUUUGAUCUUUUUCAUUCUGGACACGCCCGAGCACUGAUGCAGGCAAAAAAUGUGUUUCCCAACACGCACCUGAUAGUGGGAGUGUGUAGCGAUGAGCUGACCCACAAGUUUAAGGGCUAUACGGUGAUGACUGAGGACGAGCGCUACGAAGCCUUGAGGCACUGCCGCUACGUCGACGAGGUGGUCCGUGACGCUCCCUGGACCCUCACUGAAGAGUUCCUCUCAAAGCACAAGAUUGAUUUUGUGGCCCAUGAUGACAUCCCUUACACUUCUGCUGGAUCAGAAGAUGUUUAUAAGCACAUCAAGGCAGCAGGAAUGUUCGUGGCCACUCAGAGGACAGAAGGCAUCUCAACGUCCGACCUGAUUACUCGCAUCGUACGUGACUACGACAUCUACGUACGACGCAACCUGCAGAGAGGCUACACGGCCCGAGAGCUCAACGUCGGAUUCAUUAACGAGAAGAAGUACCGCCUUCAGAACCAAGUGGAUAAGAUGAAAGAGACGGUCCGCACAGUGGAGGAAAAGUCCAAACACUUUGUGUACCGAGUGGAGGAGAAGAGUCAGGAUCUCAUUCACAAGUGGGAAGAGAAGUCUCGAGAAUUCAUUGGCAAUUUUUUGGAGCUUUUCGGACCCGAUGGAGCUUGGCAUGCUAUUCAGGAGCAAAGUGGGCGAAUGCUCCAGGCGCUGUCUCCUUACUCAUCUCCACGCGGGUCCCCCAGCAGCAGUCCCACCAGAGUGCGCUCACGUUCUCCUGGAUCCUCUCCGGCCUCCACCAGCACUUCUCCUGCCUCAACUUCUCCACCUGCUUCUCCAUCUUCCCGUCGCCAUACUUGAAAAUGGAUCACUCUUCACAUUCAAGGCUACCUCCGCUUUUAGUACAUUCAGCGAUAUUGAUCUUUACGUUGGAUCUUCCUUUGUUGUGUGAUUAAAAAUAUGGCAGGGUUGCUACACAAAAUGUACUAAGUAAUUAUUAGUUAAAUUAUUACUGGUUUGAAAAAAUAUUACUUGUUUGUUUUAAUACAAAUACAGGUGUUUGGUCUAUUCUCUAUUACCUUGUAAAAUAAAAAGAUGGUGAUAUUUCA